AUGUCCAACUCAAAAUGCCAUACCACAGAACAUACUAGGCUAAAGACUAACGUUACAACUGCUUAUGACCCACACUUUGAGCAACAUCUAAUUGACCAUGAUUGUACUGAGCCAUCUGAACCCAAGAACCUCAGGGAAAUUCAACAAAGAUUACACGCCGCUCGUCCUUUACUCGAUUCAGAUAUGCAAUAUAGGGAAUUCGCCAAACUCAACGAAGAGGCUGGUAGUCAACAAUUAGUUAGUGCAACAAUCAUGCCUGUACUUGAGGGAAAGUGGGAAGAUAGUUUCCCGACUGGGGGUGGACAGCUAUUCAACAAUCUUGCUCAUUUGACCGACGGCACUCUAGUUCAGGCUAAGCCUGAUCUUUACCAUAGCGCGUGCCCGAGCCAGCUAAAGCAUAGCAUUCGGAAAGACUUGAGUAACAUGCUUAUUCCAACGCGCCAGACCGGACGUCCAAUAGCGCCGAAUCUCUUUGUCGAGGCAAAGGGUCAUGAUGGAAGCUCCGCCGUGCUUAAACGCCAGGCCUGUUAUGACGCUGCUCUGGGGGCACGAGCCAUGCAUGCCCUGCAGCAAUAUGAGCAUGAAAGAAGCAGCAAUAAGCCGAACUAUUACAACAACAACGUCUAUACUAUCGCAGCUACUUUCAUUCAUGGAUUGCUAGGAUUGUACGUGACUCGCCCUACAAGAUUUACGGACAAUCAUAAUCCAGAUACCAAUUAUGUGAUGACCCAGAUUGGGCAAUCGGCAUUACAUGGUGACCCAAAUACUUAUCAGCGGGGUAUAACCGCCUAUCGAAAUGCCGAGACCUAG